GGAAACAGCCUGAGGAUGCAGUCUUCUAAUCCGUUCUGCUUCAUUGUACAGAUCCUGCUUUGCCUGUGUUCAGCGCCUGUCUGGGCAUCGCCGUUUUCUCAAGUCAUCGUCACAACAACGCUGGCCACGGAAGGAUUUCCAGUUUUUCAAGAUAAAUCCGACGCACGUUUUGGCGUACUCGCGUACUGGCCGCAGUAUGCCUUUACCCGGCACAAGGAAGCUACCCCAUCGACAUCGACACUAAUCAACGAGGCUUCAAAACCGUGGAACGUCGCCAGUUCUAUCCUGCUUUGCCUGUGUUCAGCGCCUGUCUGGGCAUCGCCGUUUUCUCAAGUCAUCGUCACAACAACGCUGGCCACGGAAGGAUUUCCAGUUUUUCAAGAUAAAUCCGACGCACGUUUUGGCGUACUCGCGUACUGGCCGCAGUAUGCCUUUACCCGGCACAAGGAAGCUACCCCAUCGACAUCGACACUAAUCAACGAGGCUUCAAAACCGUGGAACGUCGCCAGUUCUGUCAGUGGGCAUGGAAACAGCCUGAGGAUGCAGUCUUCUAAUCCGUUCUGCUUCAUUGUACAGGUGGGUUCCUCUCCGUCGUUACAUACUAGACGAACGAAUAACGUCGUUCUUCUGCUGUUUCCAUGCCCAAGUGUUAUUUGUGUUACGGUCAUUGAGUGUUAUGAUGUGGUAAAAUCGUUACUAGCACUUUCGGGCGACAUUGAACUUAAUCCCGGCCCCAUGAGCGACGUUCAAGCGAAACAAUUCGCAGAUUUGAUGCGGCUGCUCGGCAAAAGUACCCUAACCAGUAUGACGUCGCAGGACGGGAAACAGCUACCGAUAAACUAUCCGAUAAUCGCUAACUUCAUGAAACACGAAGAGUUACGGCUAAAGGGUGUUUGCCUAAGGACUUUAUGGGCACACCAGCACCGCGACUUUGUUUUGAGCAUUCUGGUGGCUAAUACGAGAUAG